GGGGAGCAGCAAAGGGAGUGAAUGACUGUCUGAAUGGGGUUGGAGGAACGUGCGAAUGGGUUCUGCCGGCUGAGCCACCCACCUGCAGAGACAACUAACUUUUCUGGGCGGAGGAGGCAGAGGAGUUGGUGGUCUUCCUGAGCCUUAGGCUUGGCUCGUGAACCCUUUAGGACUCCCCCCGGGGCCACUGCUCCCACAUCUAAGGGCAGAGCGCGCGCGCGCGCGCGCGCAUGUGUGUGUAUGUGUGCGUGGUGUGUGUGUGUGUGGGGGGGGACUUGGUGAUCGAGGGUCACGCGCAGGUGGCUUUGCCGCUGCGGUGGCGGCGGUCGCAGAGGCGACACCGCUGGAGGCAGAGGAGGACGGACAGCCGGCCCACCAUCGCUGCGGGCGGGCACCUCCGCUGAGCUUUCAAAUCAAGUCAUCGGGAGUUAGCAUCUUCCCACCCGGCAGGGAAGGGAGGAGUUGGCAAGAAUUUGGCUCACCCAUUCCCUCUGCAAUCCUCUGGUGUGGUGGAGCACCGAACUUCUGCCAUGACUGACACCGUGUUCAGCAACAGCUCUAGCCGUUGGAUGUGUCCCAGUGACCGACCCCUUCAAUCAGAUGAUAAAGAACAGCUCCAGGCAGGCUGGCCCGUCCAUCCCAGCGGUCCGCCCGACAGACAGAGGAAGCAGGAAGAGCUGACAGAUGAGGAGAAGGAAAUCAUCAACAGGGUGAUCGCUCGAGCCGAGAAAAUGGAAGAGAUGGAGCAGGAGCGAAUUGGGCGCCUGGUGGACCGUCUGGAGAACAUGAGGAAGAACGUGGCUGGGGACGGGGUGAACCGCUGCAUACUGUGUGGAGAACAGCUGGGGAUGUUGGGCUCCACCUGUGUGGUGUGUGAGGACUGUAAAAAGAACGUCUGCACUAAGUGUGGGGUGGAGACCUCCAAUAACCGCCCGCAUUCCGUGUGGCUCUGUAAAAUCUGCAUCGAGCAGAGAGAGGUGUGGAAGCGUUCUGGAGCGUGGUUCUUCAAGGGAUUCCCCAAACAGGUCCUCCCACAGCCUAUACCUAUAAGGAAGACCAAGCCCCAGGAGCCUGUCAGUGAGCCUGCUGUCCCUGAGCAGGUCACUCCUGAGCCCAAGCAUGCCGCCCGGGCUCCAACCCGAGGUGACACGGAAGACCGGAGGGGCCCAGGUCAGAAGACAGGUCCUGACCUGGCCUCUGCCCCCGGGCGAGGAAGCUAUGGGCCCCCUGUGCGCAGGGCCUCUGAGGCACGCAUGAGCUCAUCCAGCCGGGACUCAGAGAGCUGGGACCAUGGCCACGGUGGGGCUGCCGCUGACUCCAGCCGGAGCCCAGCUGGUUUGCGACGAGCAAACUCAGUCCAGGCCUCCAGACCGGCCCCCGCCUCCGUGCAGAGCCCAGCCCCUCCACAGCCCGGGCAGCCAGGGCCUCCAGGAGGCGGCAAAGCCAGCCCUGGGCCAGCAGGACGCUUUCCAGAUCACAGACCAGAGGUGGCUCCUGGUGAGCCCAGCUACGCAGGGGCCACCGCCCCAGCCCGGGAGGACAGAACAGGGGGAGCUGGGGGCUACUCAGCAGCUGGAGCCAGGGAGGACCGAGGGGGCCACCCACCGGGCCCCUAUUCCCAAGCGGCUGCUGCGGCUCCCCAGCCCGCCGUGGCCCCUGCCCGCCAGCCCCCGCCCCUGGAGGACGAGGAGGAAGAAGCCAACAGCUACGAUUCGGACGAAGCAACCACCCUGGGUGCCCUGGAGUUCAGUCUUCUCUACGACCAGGACAACAGCUCCCUGCACUGCACCAUCAUAAAAGCCAAGGGACUGAAGCCCAUGGAUUCCAACGGCUUGGCUGAUCCUUACGUUAAGCUGCAUCUCCUGCCGGGAGCCAGCAAGUCCAACAAGCUUCGUACAAAAACCCUGCGGAACACCCGGAACCCCGUGUGGAAUGAGACACUUGUCUAUCACGGCAUCACAGACGAGGACAUGCAGAGGAAGACGCUCAGGAUCUCUGUCUGUGACGAGGACAAAUUUGGCCAUAACGAGUUUAUCGGUGAGACCAGAUUCUCACUCAAGAAACUGAAGCCUAACCAGAGAAAGAACUUCAACAUCUGCCUGGAGCGGGUGAUCCCGAUGAAGCGUGCUGGAACCACCGGGUCAGCCCGAGGCAUGGCCCUUUAUGAGGAGGAGCAGGUGGAACGAAUUGGUGACAUAGAGGAACGCGGCAAGAUCCUGGUGUCCCUCAUGUACAGCACACAACAGGGAGGCCUCAUCGUGGGCAUCAUACGCUGCGUGCACCUGGCCGCCAUGGAUGCCAAUGGCUACUCAGAUCCAUUUGUCAAGCUCUGGCUGAAACCGGACAUGGGAAAGAAAGCCAAACACAAGACUCAAAUAAAGAAGAAAACCUUGAAUCCUGAAUUUAAUGAGGAGUUCUUCUAUGACAUCAAACAUAGUGACCUGGCGAAGAAGUCCCUGGACAUCUCGGUCUGGGACUACGACAUUGGAAAAUCCAACGAUUACAUUGGAGGCUGCCAGCUGGGGAUCUCAGCCAAGGGAGAGCGCUUAAAACACUGGUACGAGUGUCUGAAAAACAAGGACAAGAAGAUUGAGCGUUGGCACCAGCUACAGAAUGAGAACCACGUGUCGAGCGAUUAGGAUGCCCCCCGCCAGGUCCCCAGCUCCACGCCCCACCCCCAUGCCAGCUCACCCACCCGCCUACCCCAGCUGCCCUUUGCACUCUGGUCCCUCUUCUCUCUGCCUCCUCCGCCCCUCCCCUCCCUGCACCUGCCUUUGAGGUGCCCCCCCCCACCUUGGGCACCACUGCCAAAGACCUUCUCCUCCCUCCCUCUGCGAUGCUGUGGUGCGGGCCCUGAGUGCAGCCCCUCUCUGGUCCCUCUAGGAUGGGGCAGCAGGGAGAGGGAUGGGGCGAUUUUGACAAGGAGGCUGGAAUUUAAUGACCUCUCUGGGUAAACGGCAAAGGUUCCUCGUCAUUUAGAACUGUUUUUAGACCCUCCUAGCCUCGAACACACACACACACACACACACACACACACAACUUGCAUUUCCUGUGUCGUGUCUGCGCAUAUCCUCAGUUGUCAGCAGACCCGGACAAGGCUGUGAGGACCAGCACUGGGGCAGAAACAGAGCAUCCAGGCCAGGCUGCCCCUCCACAGCAUUACCCGUCCCCCGCCGAUGGCCAGGAAAACAGACCACUGGGUUUAAACUCCCCGGUGACGAGGAACACGCCCCCCGGGCUCCAGAUGCAUCAAGAAAUGGGCGCAUGGAACACCCAAUGGGAUCCGGUAGCCUCCUCUUUCAGGAUGCCCCCCCACUUCCUUCCUAGCAAAACCCAACACCCUUUCUCUAGCGCCCCCACCCUGUCCCUCGACCUCUCUUCCCCUCUCCCGGGCCCUACACCCCACCAAACUCUCUCACCUCCUCACGCUCCUCCUUCCCUGUCCAUCUCUCUCCCCUCCUCCUUUCUCUCUCUCCAAGGGCUUCACCCAGCCUCGCCCCUCACCAGCUUGACCCAAACUGGCGCAGCCUGGAAGUCCCAGUUGGGCCGUGCUUCUCAAAACUUCCACUCCUGCCCGCAGGGCCGGGUGUCCUUGGGCUGGGCCAGCUGCUGGCGACGUCCCGGGAGCUGUGUAGACCUCCUGUAGAGGGCUUCCUCAGCCCCUGGGCUCCCCAAGUCGGUGCCAAAGGCAUUUAGAAACCAGAGCUCUGGGGGCAGGGGACCUCUCCAAAGCCCCCAGCCUUCCUCCCCCCUCUGCCGUCAGUUAAAGGAACACACGACUGCGUCCUUAGCACUCGCUGACUCUCUGCAUCUCUGGGAUCCUGUCUCUCACUCAGAAUCACCUUGAAUCUCUCUGUCUGUGGCUCUGUCUCAGUCUCUGUGUCUCUUGCCCUUUCUUCACCAAGUUUGUCAGGGGAAGAAAACACCAUCAUGAAUGGAAAGCUUUCGAGAGUGACAGAUCCUGAUGCCAAAGGCCAUUGUCCCAUCAUGAAUCGGUCGGUCUCCCCCCCCCCCAAAAAAAAAAUAAUAAUAAUGGAAAGGAGGAAAAAAGCAAUGAGAAUGAACGCUAUAAAUUUGAGGCUGGGGCCAGGCAGUCUUUCUUGCCCCACGAGAAAGGCUUGUGCUUCCCCCCCCCCCCGUUUCCCUUGUCUACCCCUGUGGAAAUCACCUCCUUCGGUCUCACCGCCCACCAUCAUCUAUAGACAUCACCAGAUAGACACUAACGCCCUCCCUUUCUCCAGACGCACCUUUGAACCUCUCCAUUCAAUGCCUCCACCCCCAGCUCCCUGCACAAACUCAUCGGAAGACUCUGGUUUCUCGCCUCGAAUAACCAUUUUCUAAACAUCGAGAUGGCUCUUCCCCUUCCCCAAGAUGGCCGACAGCUUCCUCGCUGCCAUCGUGCCCCCUGACCCUGUCUCUCUGUCAGUCCCCGUGGCACCCACUCUCAGCCCACCUCCUUCCCACGGUCGCCCUUAGGAGAAAGCAUGCUGGCUGUGUUGCUCAAGCCCGACGCUGGUGUGGGCGCUGGAAUCGGCAUGCAGCGAGCUCAUGGUGUCCCCGGUCUGGGUGCACGCUGUCCCCGACAAAUGUAACCACUUCCCUGCCUAGAAUCCACACACGCCCUCCAGUGCAUGCAGAACCUCCCACUGCCUUUCUUAGUGAUGAUGUAGCCAAAAAAUAAAGUAGGAAUACCCAGGAAA